AUGGUCAGUCUACUUGCUUUAUUUUCUAUAAACACCAUUGUGCUAUAUAUCUAUCUUAAAUAUAUCAUAUCAGCAAGACAGCAUAAAGUAGACAACUUCAAGCCUUUAAGACUUACUCAUAAGGCUGUUUGGUCAAGCCUUGAGCACUCACGACACGCCGAAAGCAUUCAACAACACCAAGAAAUAACAACUUUAGAUGAAGUUGAUACCGCACUAGACCAUUUAAUACAACUCGUUAUUCGAGACUUCAUCCAAUCGUGGUUUCAAAAAAUAGCAGCACAAGAACAAUCGUUUUCUAUUUCAGUCAAUCAUAUCAUUCGAUCAGCUGCCGUACAGGUCAGCAAACGACUUCAGCAAAUCGAUCUGUUACAUGUCUUGUUGAAUCGAGUGAUACCUAAAGUGACUUCACAUAUAUCCGAUUUUCGUGCAGCAGAGAUAUCUUUACGUGGUAAGUACCUUGAAAGGUCAGUGACUGAAUCAGAUGAGCUGGAUCUUUUGCUCGCUUCGCAGUUUCGUCAAGGGAGGUUACAUGCUGCAUUAACGACAGGAGCAGUAACUACUAAACCAACUGAAGUUGCGUAUCUUCGACAGUUGAUGGAUCGUGUAUUACCACUUAUUUUUGAUCAAAAGGACACAAGUAGCGGCCUUGUACAUGUUGUGAUCAGAGAAGUCGUGUCUUGUUCAAUACUCCAACCUAUUAUGGACAUGUUGGCUGAUCCUGACUUUUGGAAUCAAACAAUUGAUGCUUAUUUGGGAAAGGCAAUUAUUGAACAGCAAAUGGUACAGCAAUUACGAGAGGUGCUAAAUCGACACUCAACAAAUGAAUUGGACCCAGAAGAAGAAGAGGAGGUUAUGAACUUUUUUGAUUUAAGUAGCAAGAAAACUGGCCUAACAAGUCAGAUUUCAUCUACGUUCCUUGGUGUCACACAACAGGACGACGCUCUAGAAGGAAAGCAGAAGCGAGGCACGGGAAGACGUUCAUUCCGAGAGUUUUUAAAAGUUAUACAAGAAGAGCAAAAUCUACUGGAAUUGAAACGAUUGAGAAACGACAUUGUUACUCAGUUAAGAAAGAAGAAGGCACAGAUAGUAGAUCGAGAUCCAGAAGAAAUCAUGGAUGGAGAAAGGGUACAGGAUAUCAUGGUAUAUAUCAAUAGACUGAGUAUAGCAAAGAAAAGGGUGGAUAAACGAAUUGCUACACUGACAGGCGAAGAAUAUAAUUUUAAAAAAUCAACUUCUCAAUUAUUUUCGAGGAAAAAGAGUAUCACCACUCAUUCUAAUAAUGGAUACAACUUACAUGACAUACUGACAAACACUUCUGGAUUAUCCUAUUUUAUGGAAUUUAUGGAUCGUCAAAAAGAUAUGGUCAAACUUCAAUUUUGGUUGAUCGUAGAAGGGUUUAAAAACACAAUAGAUGAUCAAAAGACGUUUCUGGAAGAUGUAAAGAUGGUGUAUGAAACCUAUUUCAAAGAUGCAGCUCCACAUAAGCUUCAUAUAGCAGAGCAACUGGUAGCAGACUUACGAAACGCCAUUGAAUUGGCAGAGACAAAUGAACCAUCGUUUGACGAUAACAUACGAGAGCUAAGGCUAAAGCUAUAUAGAAUGCAGCAACAAAUAUUUUGGGAGAUUGAUAAAGAGCAUUUUCCUUAUUUUAAACGCUCCGACUUGUAUUUCAAGUUUUUAUCGUCUUCAACAACAAAAGAAGAUAGUAUUUCUCCUUCUAGACAUAGCUUAGAUGAAGGCACAUUGUAUAGUCGACCACUUCCUGAUGAUCAUCGACAAAAGGCUGACUCUGAUUCAGAAAUAUCCAACAAGAAUAUGAGCGCAUCAGCUACAGCUUCUCAGUUUGAUCUGAAAUCGUCUAUACCAGAAUAUGGUAGAACGCGAGGACACCAGCGCGCUCUAUCUGAUUCCCCCAGACCACUUUCAGGUUCAAGAUUUCUUUCGCUUUCUAGUGUAUUUGGCUCCGGUUUAUGGAACUCUGAAAGACCACAAAGUGCAACAGCAGAUCACGGUUCGGUACCUUCAUCUGUAAAAUCAACGGAAUUGGCGGACGAUGAUGAAGAGGAAGAGGAAGAGACAGUUAAUCCAAUGAACAAAAGAAAUAAGCUGAUAAGAAGCAAUACAGUUGAUGCAGUAGAGGCAGAAUUAAGAUCUAUUCUAGAUAGCAAUAACCUGGAAGAAGUAUCCACAAAUAAUAACUCUGUAGACAGGAAUAAUGAAGACCCAAUUCAAACAGAGCAAUCUGCAGCCAAAUCUCUGGCCUCAUCCACAUCUGCUUCAUCUAUACUUCUAUUGGGUAACUCUAAAGGCGUAAAGUCAAGCACUGCUUUGCCCGUACAGCAGAUAUAUACAUUACCCUCUUGGACAUCCUCAGGUGGGACAAAUACUAUAUCAGAGGUUGAACAUAAUACCUUGGAGACUGUCACUAGGUCACCUAGCGUACAUACACUCGAGACGAAGAAAUCAGAGCAAGAGGAUGAGCCAGUGAAAAACAUUCAUUUUGCGCCACCUGGUGACCUUUUGUUGGAAGCAAAGGUUGAACAGCUUUCAAAGGAAAUUGAUAAACUUACCGCGCAGGAGGCCAUUGUGGAUGCAUUAAUUGAAAAGGCUGAACUUCAAAACAAGCUGGAGGAAUUACGUAUUCUGAAAAAGAGCAAAAGCAUGUUUCGACAAGAGUUGCAACAGAUGAAAUACCAGAAAAGCCAAUAUGAGUUACAGGAAACCGAAAAUACGCUUGUACCCAAUCGGUCGCAAGUGAGCAUUACAAAUGCAACCAUUGGCUCUGACAAGCAUGGUGAUUUUGCUCUUUAUGUGAUUGAAAUACAGCAAUUAGGAUGUGAUGGGAACUAUGUAUCAGGCUGGAUUGUAGCAAGAAGAUAUAGCGAAUUCUUUUCUCUUCACCAGAAGCUAAAAGAGACCUAUCCGGCUGUUAAAAUGAUUGAGUUUCCAGCCAAAUGGCCUCUGCUAAAACUACAAAAGCCCUUUUUGGAAGCAAGAAGAGUUAGUCUAGAGCGAUACUUGAGACGAUUGGUUGAUGAUGAAGAGAUUUGUAAAAGUCAAGAGUUGCGCGCAUUUUUAUCACAACAAAAUAUAUUUAUUCCAGGGCCAGCAGAUCAGCUUGGCACACCUUCCAGUUCACCUUCUGUUCAAAAUCUACAGAAAUCGAUCAUUGCUUUGGGAGAACAAGAAAAACAUGCAUUACAGAAAAAGCCUUCGAAAGGAUUCAUGAGACACAUUUAUAAGACUGUGGCUGCCGGUAUUGAUGACAUACUAAUCGCGCCUUCUAUGUUGGAUUUGAUUACCCAAAGAUUGGGCGAGCAAGUAACUGAAUUUUCUCAUGAAGAUAACCACAGUACAAAGACAACAGCCAGUACAAGCAGUUCAGUUGUGAGCAUUAAUAGUAGUAAAUUAGCAGAUUCUGCAUUACAAGCAAGCACAACAAGUCUUCCAGAUUCGAUCAAGGCAGAAGGAAUCACAAGGUUUACCGAGCCCUUAUGUGAUCUUUUUAUAGAAAUGUUUGAGCUUAAAGACAAGACAAAUUGGUUGAGAAGGCAAGCUAUUGUUAUAAUCAUUCAACAAAUAUUAGAAGGAACGAUUGAAAGAAAGCUAAGAGAGAUAGUAAAGUCUUUGAGCUCUCCAAGUAUGGUUGUGUCAUAUAUCAAUAAAGUAGCGGAUAGUUUAUGGCCAAAUGGAGGGCCGCUCACAUUCAAGGAACCUAGAAAACCUGAAGAAAAAGUACAGACAAAAGAGGAAGCGAAUAGAAAGUUAUCUACUUGGCUACCAGAUUUGCUUGGUAAUAUGGUUGGAAGACAGAACGCUCGUAAAGGAGCAAGAAGACUGUUUACAGUUUUGCAAAAUAAGAGAUUAAACCAAGAUUUGGCUUAUGUGUUGCUUGAUGAGCUGAUAUUUAGUCUUUUUCCAGAGUUAGAAAACAUGAAUAAAGUAUAG